AAUUCGUUUCAUUCUCAUUCAAAGUGCAGAUUCGGUAGAGAGCGGAAGCAAAAUUCUAGUAACGAUUAUUAAAAAAAUUGCAGUGAUCGUAAAUUUCAAGACCAUCUAGACGACAGCAGAUAAUAGACUGAUCAAGAAUGUGUGAUCCUUGCUGUGAUUCAAUCUGUGGCCCAUGUGGUCCUUGUGGCCCUUGCGGUCCUUGCGGACCUUGUGGUCCUUGUGGACCGUGUGGACCUUGUGGACCAUGUCCCCCCUGCGGACCAUGUGAUCCAUGCUGCGAACCCAGAAGCUUCAGUGCCGGUCAGCUUGCAUGCAUGCCCCAGUGUCCCACUGGAUGUCCUCCGCCCACCUGUGGCCCACGGUUCAUAACAGUUCAGCAGCCUCCACGGUUAGUGUCUCAGAAGAAAGUUAUCAACUGCACCCGCACCGUCAUAGACAAGCACGUAUUGCCACAGACAAAGGCCAUCGUCGAACCGAAACUCAUCUAUCAGCCGAAAACUAUUGUGGAACCUUGCGUGAUAUUCAAAAAACGAGUCGUUCCAGAGCCGAAGGUUAUCUACUAUAGGCGCACGGUUCCCGAUCCAAAGGUUGUAUGCACGCAACGAACCAUCGUCGAACCGAAGGAGUACUGCACCACGAUGGUGUGUCAACCGAAACCGCAGAUUGUUCCGGUUCCGCCCGCCAAAGAGUACUGCUGCAUGUCAGCGGGAACAACGUUCUUCAACAAUGCAUGCUGCCCACCGACACCAGGGCCGAUAUGCCCACCCAGAAAGUGCUGAUUGGGAGAAAAGAACAGAGUUGACAAGAAGACCGAUAAACGUUGAUAACUUUGCAUAACUAACUAAAUGAAGAUUAUACGAACAUCCAGAACUAAAAUUGGAAUUCUAAUGAAAUGAACUGACAUUUCCAUCACAUUUUGCCAAUAAAUUCUCAUAUC